CUGCUACACACUGCCACGCACACCGGUCAACCGUCAAAGAACUGACGAACCAGCUUUAGCGAUGGUCUACUCUUAAUCCCCUCUGCGUCUUAAACUACUACUGUCAAACUCGAACUCUGACAAACCCAAGGCUUCGGAUACUUGGAAUCCAAGGAAGCAGCAGAGCCAUUUAACAAUAUCUGAGCCUCUUCACGGUUCAGAUCCCUCACCCGAGCUCCGCACGAGAAGAAUUUAGGCAUGGCUUCCACCUGCAACAGCUCCUCAUCGUUCAAGAUCAUACUCGGGUCGUCGUCGCCGGCGCGCCGCGCGAUCCUGUCAGACAUGGGAUACGAGUUCACCGUCAUGAGCGCUGACAUCGACGAGAGGGCCAUCAGGAGGGAGAAGCCGGAGGAGCUAGUCAAAGCCUUGGCCGAAGCCAAGGCCGACACCAUUCAACUGAACCUUCGUAAUCGAGACAGCAGAGAUCUGCCUACCCUUCUGAUCACUUCUGACCAGGUUAAGGUGAGCAAAGGGGUGAUACGGGAGAGGCCGACAAGCACGGAGGAAGCCAGGGAAUUCAUCAAGGGGUACUCGGGUGAUGUAGCGUUUGCAGUGAACUAUGUUCUGGUGACCAACCUGAGCACCGGGGGUAGGAAAGGAGGUUGGGAUAUACCUGAGAUCUAUUUUCACCACAUACCAGACGAGUUCAUAGAAAAAGUCGUGAAGGAAGGAGGCAUGACUUGCGUGGCUGGGGGCCUUAGGCUGAUGCAUCCAUCAGCUUUGCCCUUCAUCAAGGAACUAGUCGGUACGAUGGAUAGUGUUCGAGGACUUCCAAGGAACCUCACCGAGAAGCUCAUUCGAGAAUCACUACAAGAAACUGUUGGAAUGUAGGAUGUCGUUAUUCUCUUUACUAUUCAAAUCUUACAAGGAGAUAAGAUGUGUACAAUCCAGGAGUCUUGCUCCUUGUUGUAUACUAGAACAAUAGAACAACCCAAUGUGUUCAAGUAAGAGUCUAGAAAAUUUCCAAAAAAAAGUAAGUCCAGAAACAAUUGCUUAAUAAAGGAGGAAGACCCCGGUUAGGGUGGUUUCCUAACUCUCCUUAAAUUGUUACACAUAGUAUAUUCAAAUCUUAUAAAACACAUAAAACCCUACCAUGAAAGGAAAUGAAGAAGUGAUACUUGUAUACUAUGCAUAUUGCACAAAUUUCCUCGUCAAAGCCUUGUAAUGAGAACUUUUUGGCAAAACUCGAACAAAAGAAUAGUACAAUUAUCCCUUUAGGUAUGUGAAGUUUCUACUCCUAC